AUGACCGCCGAAUCGUCCAACUCCGACCGCACGCUCCCUUCCCGUGCAGCGCCGUCGAAAAGCGCUGCGGUAGCCAACAAUGAAGGGUCCAAGCUGACGGCGCUCGAGAAAGCCGAACUAGCGCUCGCCGACAAAUACAGCUCGCCAGAUGUUUACAUCAACGGGGAAACGGAUACCUGCUGGCAUCCGUGGCUUAACAAUCUCGAGCUGAAGCCGUUGCGCUUCGAGACCCGCACAGGCACAUUUGUCGUCGUCUUGCGCAGCUUGGAAGACACAUGGUUGGGCAAACACCGGCACCGCGGCUCUGUCACCGCAGUUACCAUGAAGGGGGAAUGGAACUACAAAGAGUAUGACUGGGUCGCGAAGCCAGGGGACUACGUGGUGGAAAACCCAGGAACAAUCCAUACGCUCCACAUGUCCAAAGGCGCGGAGGUGGUUUUCACUAUCACGGGCAGUUUAGAAUUCUUUCAUGAUGAUGAUACCCUGAAGAGCACGAUGGAUAUCUUCAGCUACGCUCAUCUAUACUAUGAACAUUGUCAAAAGCAAGGGAUUCAGCCAAAUGACAGGCUUUGGUACUAG